AUGAAAUUUGACACCGCGGAACAUGUGCGGAAACUCCAACAAUGCCAGAGUCAUGGUACGCUAAUCCGAGCGCCUCACACACUAAUGCACAACGUCGUCACUCCCUGGCCUUUCCAUAGUUGGGCUCUUGAUAUUAUCGGACAGAUAAGUCUCAUCUCAUCCAGGCGACACAAGUAUAUUAUCACCGUGACAGAAUUUUCUUCAAAAUGGGUAGAAGUUAUUCCUCUGCGAGAUUACUCUGCAGCCACCAUCGCAGCAUUUAUUAAAGAACACAUCAUAUGCCGAUUCGGUGCGCCAAUGAUCAUCCGAUCGGACAAUGCGACUUCUUUUGUCAAUAAAGACGUUAAAGAGUUGUUGGAUAAAUAUGGAAUUAAAUUCCACACUUCAAUUGUCUAUUACCCACAAGGGAAUGGGCAGGCAGAAGCGACCAACAAGACAUUGUUGAGGAUAUUAAGCAGAUUAGUAUAUGAUCAUCAUCGGAGCUGGCAAGAGCAGUUAUCACUUGCACCCUGGGCUUAUCGCAUUUCUGAAAGGAGUUCGACAGGAGCGUCACCAUACUCCCUAGUGUAUGGUGAGGACGCUAUUUUACCAGCGGAAAUUGCAAUUCCAUCAACGCGAGCAGCAUUGGCUAGCUUGACCACCCCAGAUGAAGUUAGCCGAUUUUCUCACCUUGAUACUCUCGAAGAACGAAGGGAGAAGGAUGAACGAUUCGCGGAAAAGUAUAGGCAACGGACAACAAGGUAUGAUAACCAAAAGGUGAAGGAAUGA